GCGGCGGCGGCGUUGGUGGCGGGGCAGCCUGCGGGGUUCGGGCCCGGCCGACCGUGGGGAGGUUGCGGCCGCCGCGACCAUGUCGGCGGGCGGCCGCGACGAAGAGCGGCGGAAGCUGGCCGACAUCAUUCACCACUGGAACGCCAACCGGCUGGACCUGUUCGAGAUCAGCCAGCCGACCGAGGAUCUGGAGUUUCAUGGAGUCAUGAGAUUUUAUUUUCAAGAUAAAGCUGCUGGAAACUUCGCAACAAAAUGCAUUCGGGUAUCUAGCACAGCAACCACUCAAGAUGUGAUUGAAACACUGGCAGAGAAGUUCCGCCCUGACAUGCGCAUGCUGUCCUCUCCAAAGUAUUCCCUCUAUGAAGUGCAUGUCAGUGGAGAAGAAAGAAGAUUAGACAUUGAUGAGAAACCUCUAGUUGUGCAGUUGAAUUGGAACAAAGAUGAUCGGGAAGGGAGAUUCGUCCUUAAGAAUGAGAACGACGCCAUUCCUGCCAAGAAGGCUCAGAGUAAUGGACCCGAGAAGCAGGACAAAGAAGGCGUUAUUCAGAACUUCAAAAGAACUCUCUCAAAGAAAGAAAAGAAGGAAAAAAAGAAGAGAGAAAAAGAGGCGUUGAGACAAACCUCUGAUAAGGAAGAAAGGCCUUCUCAAGGGGAUGACAGUGAGAAUUCUCGACUGGCUGCUGAAGUUUACAAAGACAUGCCUGAAACCAGCUUUACUCGAACAAUUUCUAAUCCUGAGGUAGUUAUGAAACGGCGGCGGCAGCAAAAGCUUGAAAAGAGAAUGCAGGAGUUUCGGAGCUCAGAUGGGCGGCCUGACUCGGGUGGGACGUUGAGAAUAUAUGCAGACAGUUUAAAACCCAAUAUUCCAUACAAGACAAUCCUGCUGUCUACUACAGAUUCUGCAGACUUUGCUGUAGCGGAGUCUUUGGAGAAGUAUGGUCUGGAAAAAGAGAAUCCCAAGGACUACUGCAUUGCCCGGGUUAUGCUUCCUCCUGGAGCCCAGCAUUCUGAUGAACGAGGUGCUAAGGAAGUUAUUCUUGAUGAUGAUGAGUGUCCUUUACAAAUCUUCAGGGAUUGGCCAAGUGACAAAGGGAUUUUAGUCUUUCAAUUGAAAAGGAGACCACCGGACUACAUCCCAAAGAAAAUGAAGAAGCAUGUUGAAGGGAAGCCGCUGAAGGGGAAGGAUAGAGCUGACGGAUCUGGCUAUGGUUCUGCCCUUCCUCCUGAGAAGCUACCCUACUUAGUAGAGUUAAGCCCAGGGAGAAGGAAUCACUUUGCCUACUACAGCUAUCACACUUACGAAGAUGGCUCUGACUCUAGAGAUAAGCCAAAGUUAUACCGCCUUCAACUAAGUGUGACUGAAGUUGGGACAGAGAAGUUCGAUGACAAUUCUAUCCAGUUGUUUGGCCCAGGAAUUCAGCCUCAUCACUGUGAUCUCACUAACAUGGAUGGAGUGGUCACUGUGACACCCAGAAGUAUGGAUGCAGAGACCUACGUGGAUGGCCAGCGCAUCUCAGAGACCACCAUGCUGCAGAGUGGCAUGAAAGUACAGUUUGGCACUUCCCAUGUGUUUAAGUUUGUGGACCCCAUCCAGGACCACGUUCUUUCGAAGAGAUCUGUGGAUGGAGGCCUGAUGGUCAAGGGCCCAAGACAUAAACCUGGAGCCGUUCAGGAGACAACCUUUGAUUUGGGAGGAGAUAUUCACAGUGGGACAGCAUUGCCAGCAAGCAGGAGCACUACUAGACUGGACAGUGACAGGGUACCCUCUGCCUCCAGCACAGCUGAGCGAGGGAUGGUGAAGCCAAUGAUCCGACUGGACCAGGAACAAGAUUAUCGCCGAAGAGAAAGCAGAACUCAGGAUGCGACUGGGCCUGAACUGAUACUGCCUGCCAGCAUUGAAUUCAGGGAAAGCUCUGAAGAUUCUUUUUUAUCUGCCAUUAUAAACUAUACCAAUAGCUCCACAGUGCACUUUAAGCUGUCACCCACGUAUGUGUUAUACAUGGCGUGCCGGUAUGUAUUGUCCAGCCAGCACAGGCCCGACAUCAGCCCUACAGAGCGCACCCACAAGGCCAUUGCUGUUGUCAACAAGAUGGUGAGCAUGAUGGAAGGGGUCAUUCAGGAAGUAGACCAGGUUGAUCAGAAACAAAAGAACAUUGCAGGGGCACUUGCUUUCUGGAUGGCAAAUGCAUCUGAACUUCUCAACUUCAUCAAGCAGGACCGCGACCUUAGUCGGAUCACACUAGAUGCCCAGGAUGUUUUAGCACACUUGGUUCAGAUGGCAUUUAAGUACUUGGUUCACUGUCUCCAGUCAGAACUUAAUAACUACAUGCCAGCCUUUCUGGAUGAUCCUGAGGAGAACAGUCUGCAAAGACCAAAAAUAGAUGAUGUGCUGCAUACACUCACAGGAGCCAUGUCCUUGCUGAGGCGCUGCAGAGUCAAUGCUGCCUUGACCAUCCAGCUAUUCUCUCAGCUUUUCCAUUUUAUCAAUAUGUGGCUGUUCAACAGAUUGGUGACUGACCCAGAUUCAGGCCUGUGUUCCCACUACUGGGGAGCAAUUAUCCGCCAGCAGCUAGGGCAUAUUGAAGCCUGGGCGGAGAAGCAGGGGCUCGAGCUGGCAGCUGACUGUCACUUGAGCAGGAUUGUGCAGGCUACUACUUUGCUUACCAUGGAUAAGUAUGUACCCGAUGACAUUCCAAAUAUAAACAGCACAUGCUUUAAGUUAAAUUCUCUACAACUUCAAGCCUUAUUACAAAAUUACCACUGUGCACCUGAUGAGCCUUUUAUUCCCCCGGAUCUCAUAAAAAAUGUUGUGGCCGUUGCUGAGAACACAGCUGAUGAGCUCGCCCGCAGUGAUGGCCGAGAUGUGCAGUUGGAGGAGGACCCUGACCUACAGCUACCUUUUCUUUUGCCAGAAGAUGGCUAUUCCUGUGAUGUCGUCAGAAACAUUCCUAAUGGUUUACAAGAAUUUUUAGACCCUCUGUGCCAGAGAGGAUUUUGCAGGUUGAUUCCUCAUACACGUUCACCAGGUACUUGGACGAUAUAUUUUGAAGGUGCAGAUUAUGAAAGUCACCUUAUGCGUGAGAACACAGAACUGGCCCAGCCUCUGAGGAAGGAACCUGAGAUAAUCACUGUGACCCUAAAAAAGCAGAAUGGAAUGGGCCUCAGCAUUGUUGCAGCAAAGGGUGCUGGCCAGGAUAAACUGGGAAUCUACGUUAAGUCUGUUGUGAAAGGAGGCGCUGCAGAUGUGGAUGGACGUUUAGCUGCUGGUGACCAGCUCCUCAGUGUGGAUGGACGAAGUCUGGUUGGACUUUCUCAGGAAAGGGCAGCAGAACUCAUGACAAGAACCAGUUCGGUGGUCACACUUGAAGUUGCAAAGCAAGGCGCCAUCUAUCACGGCCUGGCCACCCUCCUUAACCAGCCAUCCCCCAUGAUGCAGAGAAUUUCAGAUCGUCGUGGCUCAGGUAAACCCAGACCAAAGAGUGAAGGUUUUGAACUCUAUAAUAAUUCAGCUCAGAACGGCUCCCCAGAGAGUCCUCCGCUGCCUUGGACAGAGUACAGUGAGCCAAAGAAACUCCCCGGUGACGACAGGCUGACGAAAAACAGAGCAGAUCACCGCUCCAGCCCCAAUGUGGCAAAUCAGCCUCCUAGCCCUGGAGGGAAGAGUCCUUACGCCUCUGGAACAGCAGCUAAGAUAACAUCUGUCUCCACUGGAAACCUCUGCACUGAGGAGCAGACCCCUCCACCUAGACCUGAAGCCUAUCCCAUCCCUACUCAGACAUACACCAGAGAGUAUUUUACCUUUCCAGCUUCAAAAUCCCAGGAUCGUAUGGCUCCUCCUCAGAACCAGUGGCCAAAUUAUGAGGAAAAGCCACACAUGCACCCAGAAAGUAAUCAUUCCAGUAUUGCAAUCCAGCGUGUUACCCGUUCCCAGGAAGAGCUUCGAGAAGAGGUUUACCAACUUGAGCGGCAUCGAGUAGAGGCUGGCUUGGAUCGCAAGUGUGACAGUGAUUUGUGGAUCAAUCAGAGCUCCUCCGUGGAUUCCAGCACAUCCAGCCAAGAGCACCUGAACCAUUCCUCCAAGUCAGUCACCCCUGCUUCCACUCUGACCAAAAGCGGUCCUGGACGUUGGAAAACCCCAGCAGCGGUACUGCCCACCCCUGUUGCUGUCUCCCAGCCCAUUCGAACAGACCUACCUCCACCACCCCCUCCACCUCCUGUCCAUUAUACCAGUGAUUUUGAUGGCAUUCCAGUGGAUUUGCCCCUCCCACCUCCACCUGCCAACCAGGUAGGACCCCAGUCUGCUCAGGUGGCUGCUGCAGAGCGGAAAAAGAGAGAAGAGCAUCAGCGGUGGUAUGAGAAAGAGAAGGCCCGCCUCGAGGAGGAACGGGAGAGGAAGCGCAGGGAGCAGGAGCGGAAGUUGGGGCAGAUGCGCACGCAGUCCCUGAACCCCGCUUCCUUCUCUCCUUUGGCCACACAGGCCAAGCCAGAAAAGCCUUCCACACUACAGAGGCCCCAAGAAACAGUCAUUCGGGAGCUGCAGCCCCAGCAGCAGCCCCGCACGAUUGAGCGCAGGGACCUCCAGUACAUCACCAUCAGUAAAGAGGAACUGUCCUCUGGUGAUAGUCUGUCUCCAGACCCCUGGAAACGAGAUGCCAGGGAGAAGCUGGAGAAGCAACAGCAAAUGCACAUUGUGGACAUGCUGAGCAAGGAGAUCCAUGAGCUGCAAAACAAGGUGGACCGCACUGCAGAGGAGAGUGACCGCCUGCGGAAGCUAAUGCUGGAGUGGCAGUUCCAGAAGAGACUGCAGGAGUCCAAGCAGAAGGAUGAGGAUGAUGAGGAGGAGGAAGAUGAUGAUGUGGACACCAUGCUGAUCAUGCAGCGUCUGGAGGCCGAGCGGAGAGCCAGGCAGACUGCUAUGCCAGCAAUCUCUGUUCUAGAUUUGUUGCAGGAUGAGGAGCGCAGGCGCCAGCAGCAGUUGGAAGAGAUGCGCAAACGAGAGGCAGAAGACCGAGUGAGACAAGAGGAAGACCGACGCCAUCAGGAGGAGGAGCGAGUAAAGAGAGACGCUGAAGAAAAGAGGCGACAGGAGGAAGGGUAUUACAGCCGCCUAGAAGCUGAGAGGCGCAGACAGCACGACGAGGCAGCACGCAGGUUGCUGGAGCCCGAAGAGCCUGGGCUGAGCCGACCUCCACUUCCACGGGACUAUGAGCCCCCACCCCCGUCCCCAGCACCCAGCGCCCCUCCUCCCCCACCUCAGCGGAACGCCUCCUACCUCAAAACACAGGCCCUCUCCCCAGACUCGCUGUUCACUGCCAAGUUUGUUGCGUAUGAUGAUGAUGAUGAUGAGGAGGACUGCGGCCCAGCAGGUCAGGAUAAGUACCCCAGCACAAGGAAGUCUCAUGGGCACCUUCCUCUUGCUGCCCUUAAGCCGCAGCAGCCCCCCUGCCAGCCACGCCCAGCCUCGGAUGGCAUCUUUCUCUCCAACUCAUUCCAGCUACCCUUGGCCAAAGCCAACAGUACUGCUAUCAGAGCAGGCCAGCCCCCACCCCCUCCAGGCAAACCGAGUUUCCUCCGUCCCGGCCACUGGAAAGGUAGAGGUAAAAGAGGGAAUGGCGAAUCAGACCUCUCUUGUCUUGAUGAUUGAGCCUGGGAUCUCUGUACCCCUGCUACUUGGUACGGUACAGUGAGACCAUGCCUGUCUUGGCCUUGGGUAUUAUCACCUGAUCACUCUCAGCAUGUGAUCUCCCUCUGCCCCUGAUUGUGGUGUUUGUGCUAAUGCUCUGUUAAUUUAGCCUUGGUACUCCAAUUUCUCUUAUACUUUAAGGUAUUCCGUCUCUUUAAUCCACUGACAGGAGUCAGUCCUCCACCAUUACCAAAUUAUUUCAAGUACUGUUGGUCUUGGCUUUUUUGUGUGUAUACCUCUUCAAGUAAUUCUUACCUUUGGUCAAUAAGUGCCUUCCCAAACAUACUAGUGUCUCUAAAGACAGAGUGCCAGAGUAUCAGCUGCACUUUAAGUUGACGUCAUAUAAUGUGAAUAGAACAUUUGGUUCUGUUCCUGAGGCCUGUGCAGUGACUCAUACAUUUGUGGAAGCUUGGUUGGGUGUUGCGACAUCCACUGAACUAGUUAACAGUACAGCUUUACUCCUAACACAGGCAGCCCUUGCCCACAGACCCUAGUCUUGAAGUUUUUCCUCUGUCCCUCUUACUUGUUCCAUUCCCUUUCAUUAUCUUGCUCUCUUGUACAUCAUAGCACUAGCACCCAAGCCUCUGUAGGCUUGCAGCUUCUGAGUUGGGGAAGGGCGCUAUUAAUGACAGCACAGAGGCCAUUGCCCACAGAGUUGUAGUAAGCAUUGAAUUUAUGCUGAAGGUAUAGCUCAAUUAUAUUCAGAUUGAGACUUCCAACUACCUUGGCCAUAAAGGAAAUGGAAUUCUGACAUCAUGAUGUCAGAAUUGUUAUUUAGAUGAAGGUGAGUGGCUUCAAAAUUCUGUGUGGUUUUUACACAGACAUGUAAACUGAGCAGUUCUGAGAGAAGCCAACCUCUCUUAAGACUCAGUGGAGUGAGUUUUGCCAGAAUUCUGUCUUUUUUUUCCCCACCUGUAUCAGACUUGUAAUCUAUUCUGGAGAAUUGGUAUGUAGUAGUAUCAUUAAGUCACACUGAAAGCCAAAAAUCUAAUCCUUUUAUAAAAUUUCUGUUUUAAAUGUUGAGAAUUCGGUGCUCUUUCAAGGCAUUUAUGGAAUAGCAAUAAAUUUUGAAGCAAAAUGCUAUUGAUCUAAUAUCAAAUUUUAUGAAUGUUAGACAGAUUUGAUAGUCUCAAUAUAGUUAGGAAUCAUACCUGUCCAUUUUGGCCAUCAGAUGCACUACUAACCCUUGCUUCAUCUCACACCUAAUGAACCACUCCGGAGCAGGUCAUCUGCAGCACACACAUCAGCGCUCUGGCCUUGUCAUCUCCAUCUCUUUCAUGUGCUUUGUCUAGCCCUUUCUCUGGUGAAGCAUGCCUCUGCAGGUGGGAGAUGGCCUCUUCCAGGGGUCAUAUGAGAUACAGAGCUUGUGGAAUUGAAAUGAUUAAGACUGAAAUUCAACGGCAAUAUAUCUUUAAAUGAUGUUUUUGUUUUACUAGAGCGCUUUGAAAAUUAAUUAUGAUUGGCAAUUUUAUACAUAUAGCCAGCUCAAAAUUUUGACAUUAUGUCAAACUCUGAACACUCUGGAAGAUUUGAAGAACUGAUUUUUGCUCAUGGAACAAGCCAGUGUCACUCUCAGCAAAGCACAGAAAUACAAAUCAGUGUUGUUAAUAACAGACAAAUGAAUAUAAAGUUGGGCAUUGAAACCAACUAUGCAAGUUACCCAUGUAAGAAUCCACUGUGGAUUGCCAGGAAGUAGAAGUAUGUUUUCUGCUCUUUUUUCUUUCUUUUUUUUUGAGUCUUUGCUGAAGAUGACCUGCUCUGUGGUUAACUUGGGGUGUUUUGAGGUUGCAGUUUGAAGGCUGCUGGGCUCUGUCUAGAUUAAGUCCAAAAUACUCUACCCACAGGCUCUUUAUAUGAAAGAAGAUCCAUUCUCCUGUCUCGUAUCUAAAGUGGAGUGUUUUCACGUAGAAACAUGGUGAUCAUUUUGUGUUCUAUUUAAUCCAAUCUUAUCCAUGUUUGCCAAAUAUUCUAAGCCUUUUGUACUCUAUUUUGUUAGAAGCUGAUUUCUCAAAUGGGAAUCUGUUUUAAUUUUGUGAGUGUUUUGUCUGCAUGAGUAUCUGUGUCACUAGGAAAUUGAGAUGGUUGUAAGCCUCUACAUGGGUGCUAGGAACCCAACCCUGAUCUUCUGAACUGUUGAGUUCCUUCUCCAGCCCCCUUACUGUAUUUUGUAAUGUUUCAGUAUAUACUGUAAAUACUAUUAUUACAGUAUUAUAUAAUUUGAUACCUGGUAAACCUUUAUCUGUAUUAUCUCUUUGUGCCUCUUGAAGUCUUGGCAAAUGUUGGCUAACUGGUGGGCAUCAAGCUCAACUGUGGUUUCUUAGCCAAGACAGACAUGGUGUGCAUAAGGCUAACCUAACUCUGCCCUCACAUUUGUUUUCUUGGGAAUUUAUCAGCACUAAUGUGGAAUGCUAGGAAUUUUGUUCUAGUUUGGUUUGGGUAGCUCAUUUGUGUCAAAGGCUUGAUUUUGCUUUUAAUAAUUACAUCUAUCUUGAAAAAGAAAUCUAGUAGUUAAUCCUAAACAGAGGAACUUUAAUCAUAGACAUAGGUUUAACUCUUAAACUUAGGGGUUACAUUUGUUCUCAGUGAUUGUGGCUGCAGAGAUGACUUGGGUUAAGAGCACUGAAGUCCCGAGUUCAAUUCCCAGCAACCACAUGGUGGCUCACAACCAUCUAUAAUAGGAUCUGAUGCCCUUUUCUGGCAUUCAGGUAUACAUGCAGAGGACUCAGACAUAAAAUAUAAGUAAAUAAAAUUUUUAAAAAACAGACAAAAGCAAAACUCCUACAGUGUGUUGGAGUAUGUCUAAAAUAUUUUGCUUACUUCCCACUUAAGUCUCCUGUGGGUUUGUCUUCUGUAUUUGUGAUCAUUGUGCCAUGUGCUGACUUGAGAUGUUUUUUAAAGACUGUUCCAGUUUGUCCAUUCUGAGAACAAAAGGCCUGAUGUCAGUUAUUGGGCGGAUGAAUUUUACACUGAUGAAUCUUUGUGCAUGUGAAGAGCCUUUGAUUUCUCAUUUUCUCGAUAAUUCAAGGAGCCUUGUUUUCCUGCAGACACUCGGUCAUGAGUAAAGUUUUAGAGAUAAUUAAAUACUUUAACUUGGACUUUUUUUUUUUUUUUCAUG